UACUGAUUUGAGGAAUUAGUGGAUCCGCUUCCGCUCGCUUUCUUCUUUCCCGCCCUUAGUCCAAUGAAUGAGCAUUUUCCCUUUUUUAUUUAUUUUAGGAGGGUAUGUCGCAAUUGACACGAGACUUGGGACUUCAUAAGUGUCUUAUCGGGGAUCUAAAUAAGGAGUGAAGUGAUACAAAAAAGGAAAUCUUUUUUUAUUUUGUUAGUCCUAUUCCUAUCCAUAAGAUAAGAGGAGAGCAUAUGAAAAAUCUAACCGAUUCUUUCGUUUUUUUGGGUCACUGGCCAUCCGCCGGGAGUUUCGGGUUUAAUACCGAUAUUUUAGCAACAAAUCUAAUAAAUCUAAGUGUAGUGCUUGGUGUAUUGAUCUUUUUUGGAAAGGGAGUGUGUGCGAGUUGUGUAUUUCAAGAAUAGGCUGGAACCAACCAGCUGCACUUUAUAUUUUGCUAUUGUAAUCUAAUAAUAGAGAAAGGUGCACGAUCUCAACGAAUUACUUCUGAAUAAAUCAAUAAGUCCUAUGUAAGAACCAUAGCAUUUCGUGACUCGUUGGUAAAUUGGAUUCUCUAUUAACCAAUAAUGUGAGACCAUUUAGUUAACAUGGUUAAAGCUGAACUGUUUGAAGUCUAAGCACAACACGGUACUCUUUCUACCACUGCGUUAGUACAAGAUAAGAUGGUUUCAAAAUGCAUAAAUCAUUUUGUUGGGAAUUUAUUUGAUAUAGAACACUCAUAUCAAUAAAAUGAUUUGAACCAUUGACUGGAAAAACGGGUACCUCGCCCCUUCCUUUUUAUCUAAUGCUGAAUCGACGACCUAUGUGUAUAAAAUGAGAAAGAAUUCUUUUGGAUGUGAAGAAAUAAAAGAAACGACUUUGCUGACAAUUACAAGUUUUUUUGGUCUGGUCAGAAGAGCCCUCCAGAGAUCCUGGGUUUUCUUGUAUCAGUUUUUAUAUCCUGGAAUACGAACAGAGAAGAGAGGGUAGGCUCAUUAAGAAAGAGAUAUGGGAAUGCCCCAUAAGUAUAAGUAAUUUAAUUGAGCGUGAGAGCCAAAUGAAUCGAAAGAUUCAUGUUCGGUUCGGGAAGAGAUCGUGGAAGUUGUGGAAUUGAUGGGGAGAUAAUCUACUUUCAUUAAGUGAUUUAUUAGAUAAUCGAAAGCAGAGGAUUUUGAGUACUAUUCGCAAUUCAGAAGAACUAUGCGGAGGAGCCGUUGAGCAGCUUGAAAAAGCACGGGCUCGCUUACAGAAAGUGGAAAGGGAAGCGGAAGAGUUUCGAGUGAAUGGAUACUCUGAGAUAGAACAAGAAAAGAUAAAUUUGAUUAAUGCCGCUUAUCAGAAUUUGGAACAAUUAGAAAAUUACAAAAACGAAAGCAUUCAUUUCGAACAACAAAGAGCGAUUAAUCAGGUCCAACAACGAGUUUUCCAACAAGCCUUACAAGGGGCUCUAGGAACUCUGAAUAAUUGUUUGAACGGCGAGUUACAUUUACGCACCAUCGGUGCUAAUAUUGGCAUACUUGGGGCCAUGAAAGAAAUAACCGAUUAGUCCUUCUACUAUAGGAUAGGUAUUAUUUUUCUCCUUUUUUGCUUCCUAGAAAGAAUUAAGAGAUACUAAUGGUAACCAUUCGAGCCGAAGAAAUUAGUAAUAUUAUCCGCGAACGGAUUGAGCAAUAUAAUAGAGAAGUAAAGAUUGUGAACACUGGUACCGUACUUCAAGUGGGCGACGGCAUUGCUCGUAUUCAUGGUCUUGAUGAAGUAAUGGCAGGUGAAUUAGUAGAGUUUGAAGAGGGUACGAUAGGUAUUGCUCUGAAUUUGGAAUCCAAUAAUGUUGGCGUUGUAUUAAUGGGUGACGGUUUGAUGAUACAAGAGGGUAGUUCCGUGAAAGCAACAGGACGAAUUGCUCAGAUACCGGUGAGUGAGGCUUAUUUGGGUCGUGUUAUAAAUGCCCUAGCUAAACCUAUUGAUGGGAGGGGUGAAAUUUUAGCUUCUGAAUAUCGGUUAAUUGAGUCUCCCGCUCCAGGUAUUAUUUCGAGACGUUCCGUAUAUGAGCCUCUUCAAACGGGGCUUAUUGCUAUUGAUUCGAUGAUCCCUAUAGGACGCGGUCAGCGAGAAUUAAUUAUUGGGGACAGACAGACCGGUAAAACAGCAGUAGCUACAGAUACUAUUCUCAAUCAAAAAGGUCAAAAUGUAAUAUGCGUUUAUGUAGCUAUUGGUCAAAAAGCAUCUUCCGUGGCUCAGGUAGUGACUACUUUCCAGGAACGGGGAGCAAUGGAAUACACCAUUGUGGUAGCGGAAACAGCGGAUUCGCCUGCUACAUUACAAUACCUCGCUCCUUAUACAGGAGCCGCUCUGGCUGAAUAUUUUAUGUACCGUCAACGACAUACCUUAAUAAUUUAUGAUGAUCUCUCCAAACAAGCACAAUCUUAUCGCCAAAUGUCCCUUCUAUUAAGAAGACCACCUGGUCGCGAAGCUUAUCCAGGAGACGUUUUUUAUUUGCAUUCCCGCCUUUUGG